CUCCUCCUCCGGCGAGGCCGGACGUGAACGCCAGGCACACCGGUGGCCCGCGGUGGCUCGGGGUGCGUGGGACGCCGGCCAGCCCCGCCGCGGCCCAGACGCUGCCGGGAUGGCUCCCGCCCUGCCCCCCCAAAACCGUCCCCGUGGGUCCCCUCGGGGCCCGGGCUGCCCGCUGUGCGCAAGGCGUCCCCGCGGGGCUCUGUUCCCGGAGCGCUCCGGGAAGGGCUGAACUCGUCCCCGGGAGUUUCUGUGUGUCCGUCCUGCCGGCGCUGUGACCGGGCUGGCCGGGCAGGGAGUCCCGCUCGGGGGGCAUCCGUCCGUCCACGCUGCCCGUCCGUCUGCCCGUCCGCCUGCCCGGCGGUGCAGAGAGGUGUCCGCCGGCCCGGGGCCUGGCUGUCCGGGCAGGUGGCGGUGGCGGGGAUCGGGUGCUGCCGCGGGUCCGGUGCCGUUCCCGGCGGGGUGCGAGUCUCCGCGGGAGCUCGGCGGCGGUGCGGGUUCCGGCGCGGAGCCGGUGCUGAUGCGGGUCGGGCUGCGGCUCCUGCUGAUGGCGGGAUCCCGAUGCUGUCCUGGUCCCGGGGCGGUCCCGGUGCCGGUGCGGGUCGGAGUCCCGGUGCCGGUGCGGUGCGGGUCGGGAUCCUGGUGCCGAUGCGGCUGGGGGUCCCGGUGCCGGUGCCCGCCCCGCCGGUCAGGUGACGGCGGCUGGAAUUUGACACCCGCGGCGGCGGCGGGAGCGGGAUGGAGCCGCCGCUGCCCCGCACUGCGCGUCCGCCCGCCGCCGCCAGCACCGCACCCCGAGGCGCACCGGGACCGGGACCCGCACCCCGAGGCGCAGCGGGAGCGGCACCGGGAGCGGCACCAGGAGCAGCGGUGGGAGCCGGUGCCGGUGGGGCAGCGCUGGCCCCCGCCCGCGCCCCGCCCCGGCGCGGCGGCGGCGGGCGGCGGGGGGCGGCGGGGAGAGGAGGCGAUGCGGGGCCGCGGCGGCCCGGGGGAUGGUCCCCGCCGCGGGCACGCCAGCAUGGAGCAGCGAGCGGGGCCACCAGAGCCAAGACCUGCAGGACCCACUACGCACCCACAGCCCAAGGACGGAAUGCUGUGGGGGCUCCUCGCCAUCCUCUCGCUGCUGGCUGGGUUGGCUGCCGGCACCCUGCGAACGCCACACUGCAACGAGACGCUGGACACGGCCCCCACGCCACGGGGCAUGGCCACCGCCAGCCCGGCUGUGGAGGACAGCGUGGAGGUACCGCUCGCCGCUGCCUGGAGCCAGCAGUACGGGGACAACACGACGACGGGUGGCCCAGGCACCAUGGAGCUGGCAGAGGACCUGCUGCUGCGUGCCGAGCGCUCGCCGCCGGGCACCGGCAAAACCAAGAAGGGGGUGCGGAAACCCUCACGGGGAGCCCGCGGGCGCAACUGUCACAUCCGCAACCUGAUGGUGAAGGUGCGCGACCUGGGCCUGGGCUUCAACUCAGACGAGAUUGUGCUCUUCAAGUACUGCAGCGGGUCCUGCCACCGGGCACGCAGCAACUACGACCUGACACUGGGCAGCCUGCUGCGGCAGCAGCUCAUUGCCCCGGGGCCGCAGGAGCGGGUCCUCAGCCACCCCUGCUGCCGGCCCACCCGCUACGAGGCUGUCUCCUUCAUGGACGUGCAGAAUACGUGGCAGACAGUGGAGAAGCUCUCAGCAGCCGAGUGCAGCUGCAUCGGCUGAGGGGGGGGGCCGCCGGCUCAGUCCCGGCUCGAUGCACGCCAACAGACCCCAGCUCACUGCGCACAGUGGCACUGGUGCUCGGAGGAAGGGUCUGGCAGAGGCCAGUGCCCCCGGUUUUAUGUGGCCACAAGGGACUGAGGAGAGAUGGAGCCAUGACGGGGGGGGUGGGCGUCCGAGCGCCCUCCUGUUCAGUGCCAAGCAGCUGGUUCCACCCGCUACAUGGGGUCCUGCCUGGGUGCACCUCGGUGCAGCCCUGGGAGAGGAGCUGGAAGUCGUACAAAGCAUCCUCCCUGCUCGCAGAGGUCUGCCAGCCUGGUGUUCACCACAGUGCCCGGCUCCCCUGCGCCCUGCCUGGACUGGUGCUCCCACACCCCUGCUUUAGGGGAGCUGGGGCCAAGCGUCACCCAAGCUUUGGAGGGGGACAGAAAGGGGACAAAACCUCCCUGUCCCCUCGGGCACCCUGGGGCUGGCAGUGGCCGGAGCUGCCCUGCAGGGAGGAGGUGUCUCUGGGGACAGGGGUGCAGCGGGGCCAACCCACACCAGCGUGGGGUGGGGGACCUGUGCCCAGGCUGACAGCAGCCGCCCGUGCUCUGCAGGGUGGUGGGGCACGGGCACCCACCGGGACCCCUGCCCGGCUCCCAGGGGGAUGGCAGGGUCCCCCCGCUGCCCCCACGGUGCUGCGGCACUAAACUAUUUAUUACUCUAAAUUAUUUAUUUAUUGUUCUCGAGCGGCAGCUCCUAUUUAUGACUUCGGGCUCCCGGAGGCCGGGUGUAAUUUAACCCCAGCGCUGCUGUGAAGCCCUGGGCAGCGCCCCGGCCCCGGUGCCCUGUGCCCCCAGCCCCCUUUUUCUAUUAUUUGUAAAAUUUGAGGGAUAAACUCUAUUUUUGUACAGUCGCC